ACACUUAUCCUAAACCUAUUUAUACUAAAUUGACAUGUAUUUAGCUCGGAAUUUUGGAAAAAAGCAGUCACACGGAAAAGAUGGAACACGAAAGCUUAUUUUGGUGAUUUUAGCUAAUAUAUUUAGCCUAAUAUAUGCGGAUACUGCAGAGUUCAUUAAACGCCAUAAAUAUCCAGUAGAAGUCCACAAUGUGGUUACCGAAGAUGGUUAUAUUCUGAAAGUGUAUAGGAUUCCCUACUCACCGCGUGAUUCAGGGACUGGUAAUGUUUCAAGACCUGUGUUUCUUUUGCAUCAUGGGAUUCUUAUGUCCUCUGACUGCUGGGUGAUUACCGAUCCUGGUCACGGAUUGCCUUUUCUACUAGCAGACUCUGGCUACGACGUUUGGCUGGGAAAUUCCCGGGGCAACCGGUACUCCCGUCAACACCAAAACCUCGAUCCGGAUGGAUCCCAGUUUUGGCAAUUUAGCUUCCACGAAAUGGGCAUCUAUGAUCUGCCCAACACCAUUGAUUUUAUCCUCAGAUUAACCAAACAGACAGGGCUUCAUUUCGUGGGUCAUUCUCAAGGUGCCACUGCUCUUCUGGUGAUGCUCUCACUGCGGCCGGAGUACGGCGAAAAGAUUACGUCCAGCCAUCUCUUGGCACCAGUGGCUUUUCAGGGACACUCCUCCUCUUGGCUUGUGAAGAACACAUUGGAGAACGCCCUUCAACUACCCGAUAUAGAAGUUCCAGCCAUUCAUCCGAUUCUGCAAGAAGUUUUGCACUUUGUCUGUUCCAUUUCAUGGAUGCGGGAAAUAUGCAGGUAUAUUUUGUGUUUCUUUGCGGGAGGAGAGUCCCAACACUUGGACAACAUGAUGGUGCCCAGAAUUAUGUCAAUAGUAUUGGCUGGGAUUUCUAGCAGACAACUGCGUCACUUUGCUUCCAAUAUUAAGUACGAUCGAUUUGCCCUUUUUGACUUUGGAGUCCAAUAUAACUUAAAGAUGUAUGGCAGCCAGCGACCUCCCGAUUAUCCUUUGGGAAGCAUAAAGACUUUGCAGCCAAUUGAUUUGUACUUUGCUGGAAAUGAUAAGUGGUUGGAUAUUAAGGAUGUAAGAAGGUUAAUAGAAAUGUUACCCUAUUCAAAUUUAAAUUUUAAGCCAUUUCGGGAUUGGAACCACAUCGACUUUGUUUUUGGUGAUAAAAUAAAGGUUUUUGUAAAUGAAUUAGUAAUUCGAAAUGCCAAAAAAAGUAAUUAAAAAUGAUAUUUUUUAUCUUCUAAGGAUAUUCACAAUUAAAUUAUUGUAU